AAUUUCACUACAAUGUGGGAAGAAAUUGACUACUUGUUUAUAGAUGAAGUGUCCAUGAUAAGCUACAAUUUUCUGACAAAAAUUCACAACACACUAGUUGAUGCCAAAGGAAACAUGACACCAUUUGGAGUGAUAGACAGUAUCUUCACUAGAGAUUUUGCUCAGCUACUACCUAUGAGCACAAACAAUUAUAUACUCACUUUGACCUAA